CGCUCCUCAGUCGCAGCAGAGCCGCCGCUGGAGUGAGUGGAGCAGGUCCUUGUGCUGCUGCUGCCGCGGAGGAGAGGCGCACAGCGAUGCUGUCAGACCUAAAGUUUUUCCAGCGUUUUCUGUUUCAUGAUUCCUCAUCCCUUUGGACAGAUGAGGCCAGCAUCUUUUUAAAUUGUAGAUUUAUAUUUGGUUACCUAGACUGUUAACAGCAUGGGUGGCAGACUGAGCAGAAAGAAGAGAGGCUAUAAUGUGAAUGACCCAAAAGAGAGCAAAACAGCUGCAGAGUCCACUGAAGAUCCUGGGGUGAAAGAUGAGCCUGAAAAUAAAGAUGCCUCAAAGGAACAGUUCCAGAAACCAGAAGCUGAGCUGCCCGAAGAGAAAUCGGAAACUGAAGCCCCCAAAAUGGCCAGUGAAACAGCUGCAGGAAAACAAACUGACUUAACACCUGAUGUGAAAAUUGAAGAGCAAGCAACCACUGAUGUACCAGCUACUGAUCUUGCACAGACUUCAGAUGUACAAGAAAGUAUAACCCCUACAAAUUUAGUAAAAGUAACAGAGCAGCCAGCUAACCAGGUGGAACACCAUCUAGCAACAGAAACUGAAGUGGAGACAACCCCUACUCCAGAUAAUGACUUGAGUGCUGAAGUUCCUAAUGUUGCAGUGCCCAGUGAAGGGGAAACACAAACUGGUGUGACAGUGUGUGGCCCCAAUGAAGAAACUCAAGAGAAACCAGUUUUAGAUGAAAUGAGUAUGACUGAAGCCUCUGAAAACCCAUCAACUGAGAAAUUGAGUUUGGGUGACCAUGUUGCAACAAAAAUAGACAGUGAACAUUUGGAAAACUCUUAUGUGGACCCAGAAGAUACUACAGAAGAAUCAGGCAAAGUGCAGAAAUUCUGUCAGGAAAUGUCUAUGCAGGAGCCAAUUGAAAGCCAGGACACUUCCUUACAAACCACUUUGAAAGAAAAAGUUGAAAGUUCUAUCCUGGAGACCAAGUCUGAAUCUGGAGUUGAAUGUGUACCCCCCAAGGAGACUGAAAUACCAAAAUUGCCUGAAAUAACUGAAGAAACACCCAUUGAUAUUGUCUUGAAGAGUGAAAUGACAAGAUGUGCAGAUCUGGAGAAAAAUAUAGUUGGACCAGAUACGCAUGAUGAAAUUCAGGAAAAGAUAGUGAGUGACUCUCUUCACCCCACUGUACAAGUAGCUGUGAAAACAGAACCCACAAAGCAUUUGGUACAGAAUUCCGACCAUAUGCAGGAUGGGUCUGGUCAAGGAGACAGUAAUAUUGUAUUUGCAGAUCAGAGCCAAUUGGUGGAAGAAUCUGGAAAUCUAUCUGUAGACACUUCAAGUGCACCAGAAGGUGUGACAGAUGUAGUCCCAGCAGAAUCCAAGGAUCCCAUGGUAGAAUGUGCUCCAAAGAUAGUGGACGCACCAGAGAGUGCAACAGAUAUUGUCCUGGCAGAAUCUAAGCAUCCUGUGGUAGCAGAAUCUGCUCCAGAGACCACUCCAAACACUGGAAAGGAAGUUACUGAAACCAGGUGUGAGCAAACUCCAGAAUUAAUCAGCGAGCAAGAUCAUGUAGAAAUACCCCUGCUUAAGACCAGUUCUGAACUAAUACCAGAUAUUAAAUUAACUGUUUGUACAGAAACUUUGCAAGAAGAGAAAAUGGAAAUCAGCACAGAACUAACCUCUAAGGAGUCUACAGAAGAAAACUUUGUUUCUGAUGCUACUGAUCCACAUCCACUGAAUGAAGUGCUUGCUGAGAAACAAUCUAUUUCAUGUUCAGCUGAAAUGUCUUCAGAUCAAGUGGUAAAACUGGACCCUAUGCCUGAAACCAUAAGUUCUCCAAAUCUUGAGAGUCCAACAGAUGUGGUGAAUACUGAGGAAACCAGUUCUUCAAAAACUGAAAAUGGGUUAUCUGUAGAUGAGAGAAGCCAGAAUGAAUCCACUAGCAAGACUAAAGAGGAUAACCUUCCAGAGGCUUCCAUUGCUAAUGGAAACCCUGUAGAUAAUGGAGUGAAAGAUCACAGCAAAUCAACAAGCCAAGCUGAAGUGAAUGGCCAAAGUGAAACUACGAAAGCUGAAGAGAAUCAAGACAGCAUUUCUAACACAACUGAAUUUAAAUCCAUUGAACAAGUGAAUACAAAUCAACUUGCAGAGGAAUCUGGGAAUGUCAAAUUGGAUAACCAAACUCUAGAUUCAGGGCUAUGAAUAGAUGUCAAACCAUGAGUUCAGCAGAAAAGCUGCUGAUUGCAAGCUUUGAGGAUGAAUCAAAAGAGCAUGUGUUAAGUGGAAGAUAUCAAAUUGGGAUUUUAUUCAAACCAGCUAGCACCUAGGUUUGAUUUGAGUAAAGACUGAACUUUGCUGCAAGCAGGACAGCCUCUCAACUUGCAGUAUGAGUGAACUUAACUGGUUCCACAAUCUUCCAUUUUUUUUUCUUUCGUUUCUUGAUACAGAUGCCAAAAAUCCCAUUGGAAGAUCAAAUGAAGACCUAGCCUAAUGCCAAUAACUUUUGGCAUGCAAGAUAAGAUGUCAAAUGUUAGUAUUACAUUUUUAAGGCAUGUAAAUCUAAAGUUUGUUCAGAACACCAACAGUAAUUUAAGGAUAGCUAAUUUGAAGUAGUCAAGAUAACUAGUAAUCACUAAUUCAUAACAGCCUGUUUUGCGAGGUCAGUUGUAACUAAUUGGAUAAUGAGGAUUUUAAAAUUUCCAUGCUUUGACAACUUAAUAAAUAUUAUCUGUCAUA